UUCUGGUCGGUCAAGUUUGGUUUCUGCUUUAAUUUGCUUCUUGUUUAGCACCCCAGUUUGCUUCUUGAGGAUCAGCCUAGAUUGAUCAAGUCUUCCCUUGCUCAAAUGGGCUUAUGGAGAUGUGUCCAAUAGUCCAAGUUCCACUCCCAGGAACAAAACUUCGCAGGGUCUGUAACAGUGGAAGCCAAUGAAGCUCAAUUCCUUGGAGGUUGUUUUUCUUUUGGUGGAAUUCAAUGGGGCAAACUGCCUCUGCAUCUCUUCCCUCAUCAACUAGAUCAUCCUCAGUUGCCUCUGUAUCUCUUCCUCCAUCAGGUCCUCAGUGGAAGUAUGAUGUGUUUUUGAGUUUCAGGGGUGAAGACACUCGUAAGGGUUUUCUAUCCCAUUUAUACCAUGAAUUGCAAUACACAAGGAUCAAUACAUUCAAGGAUGACAAAGAGCUUGAAGUAGGAGCGCCUAUUUCUCCAAGUCUCCUAAAGGCAAUCGAAGAAUCAAGGCUCGCUAUUGUUGUUCUCUCGCCAAACUAUGCUUCUUCUAGUUGGUGUUUGGAGGAACUUAGAAAGAUUGCUCAAUGCAUGAUAGACAAUAACAGAAUUCUUCCACUUUUUUAUCAUAUGGAUACCUCUGAUGUCCGCAAGCAAAAGGGGAGUUUUGAAGAAGCUUUCAUUAAGCAUGAAAACUCUUUGCGACACAAAAACAAUGUGCAGUAUUGGAGAGAUGCUUUAGUAAAAGUGGCUAGUUUUUCUGGGUGGCAUACACAGAAUUAUAGGACUGAAAGACAACUUGUCGAAGAUAUUGUGGAAUAUGUGUGCAAUAAAGUCCAACCAAUUGAAAUUGAGUUUGCAACUUCCACAGUAGAAUUUGAAGCAUUUGAAGCAACAAGAGAAGCCAUGGAUAAUGAAGACGCUUAGAGAUGACAAUGUCACUGGCGUUGGGGUCUAUGGAAUGGGUGGAGUUGGAAAAACAACUUUGGUUGAACAUGUCGGUACACAAGCCAAAAAAAUGUAGGCUAUUUGAUCAAGUGAUUACGACUGUUGCAUCCCAAACCUCUGACACAAGGAAAAUUCAAGGCACAUUUGCAGAUCUACUGGGCUUGAAACUGGAGGAGGAGACGGAAUUUGGAAGAGCCUGUAGGUUGAAGGAGAAGAUAAUGAGAGGAAUCAGGAUACUCAUAAUCUUGGAUGACGCAUGGAAGAGAAUUGACUUUUCAAGCAUCAGAAUUCCGAGCCACAAUGAACUUCAAAUAUGCAAUUCCAAAGUCCUACUGACCACCAGAAGAUUGGGUGUUUGCUAUUCCAUGUAGAGCCAUGCAAACAUUCAUCUCAAUAUCUUAUAAGAAGAAGAUUCUUGGCGCUUAUUUGUGAAGGAAGCAAGGAAGUCUUUUGAAAAGUCAACUG